CUUGGCUCACCAGGGGGGAAAUGCCAUGCAGAGGAGUAUUUGCAGCCCUUAGGACCCCAUCACCCAUGGUUAUUCAUCUCUGCCCCGGUUUUGGGGUAGGUUUGGACAUCCUCUUUAUGUGUCAUGUCCUGGGAAUGAUCCAGACAUGCCCCAGAGCCAGGGGUAGAAUCUGUGACUUGUCAGAGUUCUUGGCAGCACUAGGGUUCUUUGAGUCCAUGGUACCAAACACACAGCUUCAUUGGUCAGUAGAAUGGAAUGUUGGGUGAAAGCUCCAGUGAAGAGGGUCUGAUGCUGUGGGGUGGGGAUGGGGGUCUCUUAUUGAGAGGAAGGUGUCUAUAGAACCCCGUCAAACCUUGUCAUCCUAAAGAACAACAGUUCAAUUAGAACACAGUAGCAUCAGCCAACAGACCCAAGUCAUCUAUAUGAGAGAGGGAAAAAUGGAGGCAGAGGUAGAGGAGGAGGAAGAAGAGGAGGAGGAGGACAUCUUUGAAGAUGCAAUGGAAACCAUCUCUAUGUUUUCUCGCACAGAUAUGGCAACAAGCAGCCGUCCCUUUGCAUCACUUGAUACAAAACUGGCCUCUGGACGGCUCGGAUCAUCUAAUGUGAGCAGGUCAACAUCAAACAAGGUGGAUCUCAAGUGUGGCCUAGAAGAAUGUGAAGUGGCAUUGAACUUAUUUCUAAGUAACAAAUUUUCAGAUGCCUUAGAAUUGCUUCGACCAUGGGCUAAGGAGAGUAUGUACCAUGCUUUGGGCUACAGUACUAUUGUGGUGUUGCAGGCGGUCAUGACCUUUGAGCAACAGGACAUCCAGAACGGCAUCUCUGCCAUGAAGGACGCAUUACAAACCUGCCAAAAAUACAGGAAAAAAUGUACAGUUGUAGAAUCUUUCUCAAGUCUUCUUUCUAGAGGAUCACUGGAGCAGCUGACUGAAGAGGAAAUGCAUGCCGAAAUCUGUUAUGCCGAGUGUCUCCUACAGAAAGCAGCACUCACGUUUGUGCAGGAUGAAAAUAUGAUCAACUUCAUCAAAGGUGGACUCAAAAUUAGGACAAGCUACCAAAUAUACAAAGAAUGUCUUUCUAUCCUGCAUGUAAUUCAGAAGAAUAAAGAUGAACAACAGUUUUUCUAUGAAUUUGAAGGGGGUGUCAAGCUUGGAAUAGGUGCCUUUAAUUUGAUGCUCUCCCUUUUACCAGCCCGGAUUAUCAGACUGCUAGAAUUUAUAGGAUUUUCGGGAAACAGGGAGUUGGGCCUCCUGCAGCUACAGGAAGGUGCAUCAGGAAGAAGCAUGAGAUCUCCACUAUGCUGCCUAACGAUACUAGCUUUUCAUACUUACAUCUCCCUCAUACUUGGUACAGGAGAAGUGAAUGUUGUGGAAGCAGAGAAUCUCCUCGCGCCCUUCCUCCAGCAGUUUCCAAAUGGCUCCCUCAUGUUGUUUUAUCAUGCCCGGAUAGAGCUGCUGAAAGGGAAUGUGGAGGAGGCACAAGAGAUAUUUCGAAAAUGCAUUUCAGUUCAAGAAGAAUGGAAACAAUUUCACCAUCUUUGUUACUGGGAGCUGAUGUGGAUAUAUGUAUUCCAACAAAACUGGAUGAAGGCAUAUUAUUAUUCUGAUCUGCUUUGCAAAGAAAGUAAAUGGUCCAAGGCAACGUAUGUGUUCUUGAAAGCUGCAAUUUUGAGUAUGCUUCCAGAGGAGGCUGUCAUAGCAACGAAAGAGGAUGUAGUGUCUUUAUUCAGACAGGUGGAUAGCUUGAAGCAGAGAAUUGCAGGGAAAUCUAUCCCUACUGAGAAGUUUGCUGUCAGAAAGUCUCGUCGUUACUCUGCCUCGUUGCCUGCACCUGUGAAGCUCAUCGUGCCUGCCCUGGAAAUGAUGUAUGUCUGGAAUGGUUUUCCAAUAGUGAGCAAGAGAAAAGACCUUUCCGAAAAUCUGUUGGUCACUGUCGAAAAGGCUGAGGCUACUUUACAAAAUGAAAACAUGAGCGACUACUCUGUGGAUGACGAGUGUCUGGUAAAGCUGCUGAAAGGGUGUUGCCUGAAGAACCUGCAGCGGCCCUUGCAAGCUGAGCUGUGCUUCAAUCACGUCAUCCAAAGUGAAAAGCUACUGAAGUAUGACCACUAUCUAGUGCCAUUUACUCUGUUUGAGUUGGCCUUUUUGUACAAAAGCCAAGGGGAAAUUGACAAGGCCAUAAAGACCCUAGAAACUGCAAGAAACAACUACAAAGAUUACUCCAUGGAGUCCAGGCUACACUUCCGAAUUCAGGCAGCGCUUCACCUCUGGAAAACAACUUCCUCUGAUUGAUCAGAACAUGAAGGAUGGAAUUUUCCCUCAAUUAGCACCAACAUUUGCUAUAGAUUAGACCUUGUAUUAAAGUGGAAACUGGUCUUGUGAGUGAGAGACAAAAAAC